CGAAAUUUCCGCUUUUCCGAGACAGACCUGAGCGGCGACGGAAAGGCUUCGGAAGAUUUUGAAAGUUUGGGUAAUCGGAGGGAGGAUAGGAAGGGUAUCGUUCUCUCGGAUUCCUCCACAGUCCUGCCACAGGUGGCAGUAGCCGAGCAGAGGGAGAAGGGAGCGGGGAAUUCAGAAGCCAGUCAGGUAGAACUGCCACACUGCGCGCACACACAAGGUUCAGAAUUAGACUGUCAGAAUCUAUUCUCAAAUUCUGGGAGACUCGAGUCACACCCAGUAAAACAAAUCGUGUACCCAACUGGCAGCAUUCCUGACACCCAAAACCAAACAAGUUCUUCGGAAUUUGAUGCACAACAGAACCACCCUGACUGGGCUGAGGACAUUUUAAGUACUUACCUGGGAAGAAUAGGGUGCACAGAUCAAAGAUUCCGCAGUUGUUCCGCCCCAGUUUCAGAGAAUCAUUGUGAAUCCUCCAGUCAAUCCCGAGGUAAAGUUUCCAAGGUGACAAAGACUAGAUUGGAAGUCAUUAUCACACUCUCCAAAGGGGGAGGAGGUGGGCAGGCGGGGGCACACGGGCAUGCGGGUGGCCUAGUUUCGACAGAGGCAAGUGACCCAGGGAGACCACAGGUACUAAUGGCAGAAAGCGGAACCUCGAAUCCGAGCGAACCUGCGGAGGAAUGCCAGAGGAAUGCGGCGAACGCUCGGGAGCCGCCUCUCGCUGGAUCCGCCGGGCAGCAAGUGCAGAGCAGAGGACAAUCUUCGCUGCACGUCCCACCACGUCCCCGCUACCAGGACCCAGGCUUCAGUCGCUUCCUACCGCCGCCGCCCGCCGCCCAGGCUCUCAGGAAACCUGACCUUCAGAAGCCGGCCAGCCUGCCGGAGCCCCUACAGCAAGCAGGAGGUUUGGUAGUCAGCUGCAAGCAAGAGGAAGGUGACAUCAAGAUAAUGAGCACUAACAGCAGAUUUCUCCCUGAGACUGACCUAUACCCAUCCAGUGUCGUGCCUUCUCAACCUGCAGGUAGUGCGAACUUUACACAUACAGCAAGCACUGCCACUCUGCAGAACGUCAAUGGAGGUCUUGGUGAUGGUGGGAGUGGAAAUUCAGAGAACUCCUUGCAGCCAAGACAAGAAGGUUUGAAGCAUAAAGUUUAUAAUGUGUUCAUUAAGGAUGAAAUAUUUGUGAAUGGAGUUGACCCAACUACAACAAAUGAUAGCACUAAUCAGAAGGUUCUCUCUUUGCCAGACAAUCCAACAUGGAGUGAGAGUUUGGAAAAGCAGAGUCCUAUGAAUUCAGUCAUCUCUAUUGGGACAAUUAGGCAGGAACCUUCUCAGCAGCCUGGCAAAGACCCUCAAUGUGAUGGAAGUGGCUCUUGGAAGAAUGUGAAUUCUUCUGGAUCUGCUCAGCAGAUGAACACUUUGUAUCAACAGAGCCCUGACCAGAAUGGUCGUAUUACUGAAACUGUUCCUUUCCUGACCACUGAGGAAAGUGGAUCUCAAAAGGUAAAAUUGGAUUCAGUACCAUACAGCUCUCUUGGCAGUCUCCAAGAAGGACCACCACAAAGUAUUGUAAAUUUCCCCGAAGAGUCUAUGAAAGUGCAAACUGCUGAAACCCUGACGCUUACUUCUCAAAGUAUGCCGCUGCAAAAACCUACGGAUAAAUCAGAAAACAUAAAGAUUGAAAGCUCCUCAAUGGUGAAUCCAGAGCCUCAACGAGAAGCCCUCAAAUUCCCAUAUGUGAGUACAGGAUUAGGAGGAAAUAGAGUUCAACACCUUCAUCUAUCUGGAAGCCCCUUGUUAGAAAAUCAGCUGUCACUUGAUGAUGCCAUCUUUCAAGGUAACAUGAAGAUUAGUCUCACAAGUGCCCUGGAUGACUCUGAUGGUCAGUCAGAAAUCGAUGGCUUUGUCGAUACUAUUCGUAACUUGGAUGUUCCCAUACUCUUGAGUCGUAAUAAAAAUGCAAGGAACCAGAGACCUCAUUCCUCCACUUCUCCCUUUGCCACACUGCCUCCCAUUGAAGAGGAUCAAACUAAUCCAAUACUUUCUCCAUCUUCCUCAAUCACCGAGGAGCCACCGGAAACACCAGAGGCAGCAGAACCUGUGGCAGUUGAUGGAAAACUUUUGCCAAGCUUGCCCACCCAACCUGUUUUGGAACCUCCUCAAAAAAAAUUCUCAAUGGUAUUGACAAACAAGGCAAGUCUCACUCCUGGGCAGAUGAUGAAGAAGCUGCUUGAGGAGAAGUUUGAAAUUGGAACCCAACGUGUUUCUGUGCAAAACAGCAUAGUCUUCCAAUCUUCUUUAUCUGGGAGAAACAAAUUAGAUGACAGUGCAAGUUCAGAAGGCACGAAAGCCCUCGUUGGAGACAGCAUUCGGUCUAGGAUUAGCAACAGUUUCUUGUAUAACUUAUAUCGCAAUCCUACAGAAUCGUUCUCCAGCAGGUCACUUGAUCUCUCAACGACUAAAAAGCAAAUCAGUGCCGCACCAGCAACGUUACAAAAUAGAAUGCAGAGAAGCCCGUCACAAGAGGAUGUUCCCACAGCAACAGUAGCUUUGGAUAAACUAUCAACACCAAAUUCACUUGCCCAAUCAUCCAAUGAGAGUUUGGGCACCAGAAGGACUAACCUUCUAUUCAGCACCCCUGAGAAACUGAUACCUGGAUUCACUUGUCUGUCAGAUAGUGGACAGGAUCUUCGGAAGAGUAAGAUUUCUUUUCCUUCUGAAAAGAAACCAGCAAGAUUGACAGCUUUUCCAGAUGGAUGGAAUUCAAAACCAAAAGAACAGGGAAAAAUUACCCCACGGCCUGGCAAGAUCAUCAUAUACAACGAGCCGAAUUUCUCCGGUUUCAAGAGAGAAAUCAGCUGUGACGUUCCUGAUUGUAUGCCCUGGCAGUUUCCAGCUGCCAUCUCCAUAAAGGUUAUUCGAGGAUGCUGGGUGAUAUACGAGAAGCCAGAAUAUAAAGGAAAGAAGAUCUUCCUUGCAGAGGAAGAGGUGGAAUUGGCGGACCCGUGGGCAGAGGAAAAGGAAGAAGAUCAAGAUUCCGAACCACCACCUACCAAACCCGUAGUCAUCGGUUCCCUUCGGAGAGCCGUCAGGGACUACACCAUACCGCAAAUAUCCUUGUUCCCAGAUGCCGAUGGAGAGGGGAAGAAGCUGUCAUUUUACAGUGCGUCUGAGGAUAUCCGAAUAUUUGGCUAUCCACCAAAAAUCACGUCCAUCAUCGUGAACUCUGGAUUAUGGCUGGUUUACUCUGAACCUUUCUUCGAAGGGCAGCUAUGUGCCUUGGAAGUCGGUGGCUAUCGCACACUGCAGGAAUGGGGAGCAGAGAAAGCACAAGUGGGGUCACUAUUGCCCCUGCAAAUGAGUGGACCCAGAGUGGAGAAGCCAUACGAACCAAAGCUCACCAUCUUUGAGAGGCAUUAUUACACGGGAAGAAACAAAGACAUGCGUGAAGAUUCCUCAGACUUCCUGUCCCGUUACCCCAGCAGUGGGUCACUCCUCUCCUAUGCGGGCUCUAUUAAAGUGCAUGGAGGAAUUUGGGUUGGCUACUCGAAGGAAGGGUUCAGAGGUCACCAGUAUCUGUUGGAGGAAGGCGAGUACCCGGACUGGAGGUCAUGGGGUGGCUACGAUGAGGAUUUAAGGUCCUUGCGUGUCAUCCGGGCAGACUUUUCCAACCCGAUGAUCAUUUUGUACCCGGGAAAUAAUUGUGAGGGAGAGGAUUCAACUACUGCGGUUGAUGCAGUGGCAGACAUGGAAGCAACCGAUUCUGGGGAUACUAUACAGUCCAUUAAUGUACUGAGUGGCGUCUGGGUAGCCUACGAGGCCGCCAACUAUUCCGGAGCUCAAUACAUCGUAGAGAAAGGGAUUUAUCGGAAUCCUCAGGACUGGGGUGCUCAGAGCUGUAAGAUUGGCUCACUGCAACCUAUCUUACCGGUAGAGCCAAGUGGUCAGCAGUUCAGACUGAAGAUGCAGAUCUUCUCUGAGUAUGACUUCAACGGACGCUGCUUAGAAAUUGAAGAAAGCAAGAUGGGGAUUCCAAAGGAGUUUAAGCUCCAGUCCUGCAGGGUCCUAAGUGGCAGCUGGGCUCUGUAUGAAGGCCAGGACUACAAUGGAAGGGUUUUUGUGGUUAGUGAAGGAGAGUACCCAAACCUCCAAUCGAUGGGUUGCAAGAUGACCACGCACAUCCGGUGUGUCAAAACUAUUCCACAUAUCUUCUCUGAGCCUUUAAUCACUUUGCAUGGUUUGGAGAACUUUGAAGGAAAGGAGAUUGAAUUGGACUCGGAGGUGAAGAAUCUGGUCUCCGACGGUUAUAACAAUCAGGUUCUGUCUCUUCAUGUUCAUGGUGGGAUCUGGGUUAUUUUCGAGUACAGCAACUUCCGAGGUCGGCAAGUUCUGUUGGAACCCAUUGAGAUUUCAAACUGGCCCAAGUACAGCAGCUUCACCAGGAUUGGAUCAUUAAUGCCAAUCACUCAGAAACAAAGAUACUUCACCAUCAAGAACCAGGAGAAUGGUGGUCUGCUGUCCAUCGUUCCAUGUGGGGAAGAUGUAAAGUCAGCGCGGGUUAUUAUUGCUCCUGAGAGUAGGGAACUGGAGCAGCUCUGGUUCUAUGAGAAAGGGAUGCUGAAGCCCAAGUUUGCCCCAGACAUGAGUCUUCAGACCAUUGGCGCUAUGGGUGACACUGGAAGCAAGGUGGUGAUCUGGUCGGACACACGGAUGCCGAAGCAUUGCUGGACAUUUGAAUUCAGUGGCACCAUCCGAAGCCUCUUGUAUGAAGAAUUUGUGCUCAGCAUCAAAGGUGGGAAAUCUUAUGACCAGGACUCUGGAAUGAUCUGUAAACAUGACGAUCAGAACCCAGUUCAACAAUGGGAGAUUCAGAUGCUGUAACAAAACCAACUCCCUAAGACCGAAGUACUGGGCCUCUGAUGCCGGAAUUAUCUUUCCCUCUAAGCAUCUUCUCUGCUGCUCUCUCCCUGACCCCUGCAGUGCCUCACAAGAGGGUGGUCAGUAGUUGAGGGGGACAUGAGGGAUAGGAAGAGGAUGAGCCCCCAUUCACUAGCUGAUGUCAUCCAUUAGAAAAUGGUGUGGCACAAUGUUGUCGUGAUUAGUGUAACGCUGUCACAAUACCAGUGACCUGGGUUCUAUUCUGCUGCUCCCUGUAAGAUGAUUGUACUUUCUUCCAUGAUGUUGUGAGUUUUCUCCGGGUGCUCCAGUUUCCUCCCACAUUCGAAAUAUGUACAGAUUCAAGUUUAAGGUACAUUUAUUGUCAAAGUAGGUAUGCAGCAUACAACCCUGAGAUUCGUCUUCAUCGCAGACAGCCACGAAACGAAGAAGACCAUGGAAGCCAUUCAAAGAAAAUCAUCAACCUCCCAGCAUGCAAAAAAACAAAUGGUGCAAACAGCAACGAGAACAUCAACUUCCCCCGAGCACACAUUAAAAACUAAUCAUGCAAGCGGCAACAAGAACAUCAAAAUCCCCUCGGCGUGCAAAAACCAAAUUGUACAAACGGUAGCAAGAACAUCAACCUCCCCCCAUGGAAAAAAAAAACAUGCAAGUCGUGCAAACAGCAUCACAAAAACACAGAAUAUAAAAUAAGACUGAAAGAGUCUAAGUGAACUAAGGUACAAUUCAUAAAGUGCAGGACCGGAACUGGGUAGUGGUUUCAUUGGUCACAUGGUUGUAAUUGGGUAGUAGGGUCUCGUUGGGCUAAGGAGCUGUUUUAUCUCAAUGUUAAAUAAAAUCGCAGGAACCAGAUGUAACUACACCUGCACGACACUGUCCAUCCUUAUAACUUCCACCAAUACAAUUUUUGAAAUGAUUCCCUUUGAAAGAAAUAAUUCCGCCGUUCAAUCAUUCCCUCCAGUUCAGCACUUAUUACAUGUUUUUUGCUACCUUGACACCACACAGAAUUCAGCAGAUAGCGUAGAAAUGGAGUUAUACCUAAUUCAGAGUAGAGAGACAGUGACAGGUGCUCUUUCCUGUAUGAUGCUGAAAAACAUCCUAGGAUGCACUAGGACACAUCAUCAGUGAUUAAACUGUAGUCAUAGGGUGUCUCGGGGUCUUUUAACAUCAGAUACUCUCACCUAGGUGACCCACCAGUGUUGAUCAGUCCCCAGCUUAUGUCCCAGUUGUGUGCACGGGUCACACCUCUUGGUCCAUAGCCAUCUGGAGGCUUGCUCAGCAGCCUCUGUGAUGGUCCUGAUGGCUCUUUUCUCUGUCGCCCCCGUAAUGCCAAGGGGAGAGUAGGUUCUGCAGAGCGAGCAGCCAGUAAAACCUCUACACCCCACCUCUAUAGACUCACAUCGUGCCCUCCACCCCUAUCCCUGGCACUGUUCUACCAGCUCAUUGUAUUUGGCUUUCUUUUGCUCAAAUGCCUCCUCAAUCCAGUCUUCCGAAGGCACUGUCACUUCCACCAUGACCAGCUGCUUCGAAGUUUCUGACAAUUCCAAUGUCAUCAGUAAGGAGUGUCUACAUCCUCCCCUCGAAAUGCAUGGCCUUUCUCUAGGUCCUCCAGUUUCCUCCCAUGCUCCAAAGAUGUACCGGUUAAUAGGUUAAUUAUUCAUUGUAAAUUGUCUUGUGAUUAGGUUAGGGUUAAAUUGGGGGGUUGCCGGGGGUUGCUGGGCGAUGCAACUCAAAGGGCCAGAAGGGCCUAUUCCAAGCUGAAUCUCUAAAUAAAAAUAGAAAUAAAUUAUUUGAGCCCAAUCCUAACUCCAGGUAUGUUUGAUACCUUUCAUACAAACAACAGGCAGUAGAGUUAGUCAAUGGAUUUUUUUUUUACUAAGUCAUGGGUUUGGGUUUUUUUUUUAAUUUCUAACUUUGGAAUUGGUAUUGGGGAGAACCACUAUCCGUAGAACUGUAGCCAUGUUAAAGUCAGAGACAAUGGAACCGUAGCCCAGUAAGAGUCAGUGCCCCGAGACCUGUAGCCUGGCGGGACACCGUGAUGUGGACGGUGAGUCCCUGGGGAGCUGCACUCCUCUGAGAGCUGCUGGGAUUCUAGCCAGUGAGCAAAGGGCGAAUGUAAAAGGUUUACUGCGUGAUGUACAAGCCUCUGCUUCAGGCUUAUUACAGUUCAGAAUUUAUUUAAACAUCCCCAAUCUAUGUAUGAUUUGUGAUGGUAGACAUAAGAAGUGCUUCUUCUAUCUAUUUUAUACAAUAGACAAAAAUGAUAUUAAUUUUUAUUGAGUUUUGUAAAUGACAAAGAAUUUUAUAAGCAAAUAAAUGAUAACUAUUU